AUGACCCUUCAGAAGCACAAUCAUUGUCACCAGUUAUUGCUGCUAGGGAUUGUGGCUGCUUAUCUGAAGCUUUACACAGAACUGUCACCACCUGAACUUCCUGCAUUUAUGGGCUGGCAGAACUCCAUCCGCCACAACCUCUCGCUCAACGAGUGCUUCGUCAAGGUGCCCCGCGACGACAAGAAGCCCGGCAAGGGCAGCUACUGGACCCUGGACCCGGACUCCUACAACAUGUUCGAGAACGGCUCCUUCCUCCGACGCCGGCGGCGCUUCAAGAAGAAGGACGCCGUCAAGGACAAGGAGGACAAGGAGCGGCUGAUGGGGGCCGGAGGGCAGCCCAAGGAAGGGCCCCCACAGCAGCAGCAGCAGCAGCAGCAGACCGCCCCCGCCAGGACCGAGGGCCAGAGCCAGGGGCCCCCCGUCCGGCUGCAGGACAUCAAGCGGGAGAACGGGGCCCCUUCCCCCCCGCAGGCCCUCUCUCCUCUGCUGCCCAAGAUGGAGAGCCCCGGCAGCUCCAGCACCAGCAGCCUCUCCAGCGGAGGAGGAGCAGGAGCAGGAGGCAGCCCUCGCAACCCUCCACCCUCCGAGGCCCACCAUCACCACCACCACCACCACCACCAUCAUCCCCAGCACCAUCACCCCCACCCCCACCAUCUUCCCCACCUCCCUGGGGCAGGAGGAGGGGGCUUCAGCGUGGACAACAUCAUCAUGACCUCCUUGAGGGCUUCCCCGCAGGAGCUCCUGCCUUUGCCGCCUUCCUCCUCCUCUUCCUCCUCUUCCUCCUCCGCGACCUCCAGGAUCCCUCCUCCGCCUCCACCUCCUCCUUCGCUGGCGCUGAGUAGCUGCUAUUCCCCGGCAGCAGCGGGGCAGAACUCGCUCUACAGCGCCCCCUGCAGCCAGGGCCCCAAUGCCCCCUCCAGCAGCAGCCCCAUUGCUACCAGUACCACCUCUACCACCAGCAGCAGCAGCUACCAUUGCAACCUGCAAGCCAUGAGCCUCUACGCCGCCGCAGCAGCUGCAGCAGCCGCCGCCGCCGCCGCCUCUGCAAGUGGAGAAAACCGGGGCCACUUGGGGGGCAGCCCCACGGAGCAGGACCCUCUCCCCGAGUACAGCCUAGCCGCCAGCAGCACCAGCAGCAGCAGCGCCUCCUCGCUCAGCCUCAGCCCCCAAGAAGGGCACCCCCAAGGCGGAGGAGGAGGAGGAGGAGGAGCACGUCUAGCUUCGUGGUUCCUCAGCCAAGGCCCGACGGGCCCAGAAAUGGCCCACCUGGCCUCCUCGCCCUCGCCCUCCUCGCCCUCGCCUUCGCCCUACCAAGGCCAGCCCUUCCAGCCCUUGAACAGCUCCCCCGGCAGCUGCCAAAUGGCCUUCCCGGCCCCCGCCGGACCUGCGCUGGCCCCCGGGCAAAGCCUCUACCGACCCUCCGGCGCCUUCGUCUACGACUGCAGCAAGUUUUGACCCCCCAAAAAGACCCACGGAGACUGGAUCACCCCCCCUUUAGCCACCCCAUAACUCAAACUCUCCCCUCCUAUGCCAAAGACAGCCAUUUGUAGACCUAUAUAGCCCCCUCUCUCUUUAGUUUAAGUCAUGGUUUGUUAAAGGACAGUGUUACUCCGAAUAACACGUAAGUUUGUCGUUUGAUUCCUCUUUUUGUCUAUCUUUACCCCACCUCUGGAAAAAAUGAUAUAGAUGGUUCCCCUUCCUCCUCUUAAGGCAACCCAAACCGAAGAAGCCCCCCUCUUUUUUAGUCUUUGCAACCUACAGAGUUUUAAGAUCAGAAGAAAACCCGGCUCCCAUCCUUUUUUUGAGCAGGGUUUUUAAUUCAAGUUUUAAGUGUUCAAAGGCCGCGUGGUCUGGGUUCAGAUUUGGGUUUUGUCACUGGUUUCAAUGCGAUCGGGGAUCUCAGGUCCGAAUCCGGCGCAAAUCAAAGCCUUAUACUGUAUAUUGACUUCUCUGGAUUGCGCGGUAAAUAGAAAAGACACACCGUUUUUUGAGAAAGGAUUCUUCUUCUCUUCCCCAACCUUUCCCCCUCCUUUCUAUCUUUCUUUUUUUGUUCCCUUCUUUUUUAUUACCUCCCUGAGAAGGCUCUCUUUGAUACGCAAGGACUUGUUCUAAAGUGUAAAUGGGUAUAUAUAGUAAUUUAUUUUUUAAAGCCGUAGUCGGAGUGUUUUGGACCAAACGCCAGAAAAGUGUUCUUUUUUGCUUCCUCUUCCCGCUUCCAUCCGAAAAGCUGACCUGAAACGUUUAUAUAUAUAUGUAUAAAUAUAUAUAUUUUUCUCCAUUAUAUAUGAAAAGGGAAACGUGUAUUAAUCUUAUUUUAUCGGUUUUUUUCCUUGGUUGUUGUUGUUGUUGAAGAUAUCCUGAAGUUAUGGACUUGUUUAUUAAUAAAUGACCUUUCAAUUGGACUGAGACCAUCCGGGCCUGAAUAUAUUAAUCCCCUUUUUUCAAACAAAACAAUUAAAAAAUCCUGUAAGUAAAAAUGUGGUUAGUAGACUUACUUGUUCCCCUGUGGACAAUCAGAAAAAUUAGUAGUAGUAGUAGUAUUAGUAUUAUUAGGCACCUCUACAAACCCGUCAAUGUAACAUAAUUUCAACUGAUGACCAAUUCUGAGCAUCGCUACUUAUAA